GGGUGGGGUGCACAUAUCAACCAAUAGCUGUCGUUUUUCUAAGUGGUCUAAAAGAGUCUGGGGAGAGCGCGCGGUAAACCAAAGAUAUUCUAGGCCUCGUUUUCAAGAUGGCGGCCAGCGAAAACGUAGUAAACAUGUAUCCAUAACGUGGAAAUUUUUAAACUGAGUAUCAGGCGAUUUUAUUUUUCAAAAGUCGGAGAGGAAAAAUAAAAGUACGCCUGACACAAAUACUAGACGCGACGCCUGCCGCCCCUUUUCAGGCCACUGUCAAAAUACGUCGGCUGUCAAUUUUCCAUUGACUCGCGUGGUGGCACAAUCAAAUGCCAAAAUCAAAUUAUAAACAGCAUUUAUGUAAAACAAAACUACAUCAGUGUUAUAUGCAAAGGUAAUAAUUUUAGUAACGACGAACCCCAGUGAGGGUAACUUUAUGCUAAAUGAUUUGAACCGCAAAGAUAGUUCACGGCUCAGGAGAUUUACGAUUUAAGUAUAUUACUGCAGAUCCACACAUCACUAAAUUACAUCAGGAUAUGCACAUCACCAAUUUACUACAGGCUUUUUCGUCUAAAUAGACAAACCGCUGCUUGAACACAAUUGCCAUUAUUUGAUAAGCUCACUCAAUCAACAACUCGGGGGAAGUACCGCAAACAAUCCCAAAUAUUAUUUGUGCACUCACAGACAAAUUUCUCGAAUAUUCGGCGCCUGGUCUGUCUAAAAAUUUUAUAGCUACGACUAAUGAUGUCUGUUGUAAUAAGCAGCUUCUACGACGUCCAGCGCCUUUGAUAUACGCUGUGUCUACUUGCACGGCUUCCGGCAAAGGAGGGAAAAUAACUAGCUGCACGGCUGUCUCCAGUUUUCUUGAUUUUUAGCCUAAAUAACAAGUUUCUGGCUUUAAAACACUUCCACGAUUAUUUAGAACAGCCAAGCGACGAUUUUUAGCCUGAAAAGCAAUGCAACAAGCGGCCCGCAAAUGCUCGGCAAAAUAUGAACGAAGCGUGGAGUUAGACACCUCGUUUUUUUCCCUUCUUUACCGAAAGCCGUGCAAGUAGACACUGCGUUUGAAAUAACUAGUAGAUGUUCGCUUCGAAAAACGAUACCAAUGAGAAAUAAACACAUGCCUGACCGGCCUUGGCAAAACAUUUGGACAUCUAACCUGAGUAUCAGGCGGAAUUUUUCCGAAGAAAAUGAAGAGAGGAAAAUAUUUUUUUUUCUAAAUUUUAUAAAAAAAAACAAUUUCUCUGAUUCUGCUAACGCAAGGUCAAAAGCACUUUUGGAGUCCUACAUUAGUAUAGUACUUGAGUUUGUUUUGUAUUUUGCCAUAAAUUUUAUCACUGUAUAUUUGUUUAUUGAAAAACCUUUUGUUUGGGAAAACGAACCUAAUCAAGUACAGAGAUUUAUUGGUAAAAUGAAUAUGAUUGCAGGUACCAAAUUGUCAAUAAACGUGAUAUGUGAAAAGGUUUGCCUAUUUUUGUUACGAUGUUUUCUUGAGCUAUACCUUUUCAAAACUCGAAACUCCAGGCUCGUACACAGGGGGAUGCGCAGGGUGCGCGCGCACCCCCCUCUUGGCGGCCAAAGGUAGGUCAUUUCUUAUUAAGAAAUCUUUAAAUACUAUGCUUUUUCCAUAUAAUACAUAUGACUGCGCAUCCCCCCCCCCCUCGGCCAAUCCUGGGUACGCGUCUGACUCGGGUGAGGCCUGACAUGGCAAACAUUUCUUAAUCGUAUGGAGUAAAAAAAAAAGAUUGUAUUUUUGUUUCUUGCUUCAUAACAAUGUCAUGUCUCUGGUCGUUUGUGUUGGAACAAUUUCAAGCUUUUUUCCUGUAUGUAGCAUGUUUCCGUAGCUUAGUUAAAUUGCCUAGCAAAUUCCAAAGAGACCAGAAAGUGGAUGGCAAGCUUGUUUUGGCCGAUACUUUGGGAUUGCAGUCUGGCCGUGUAUAGGAUAAUAUGGACAUAAUCGAGAUUCGAAAAAUAAAAUCCAAGACUUUAUUACUUUACAAUGACGGUGCAUAUCAGAAGGGGGUAGAUAUUUGCAAAAAAAUAAUGAUUUGUUAAUUUUCAUAAGAAAAGAACGCUUCUUGAUCUUCGUGAAGGAAGCGCGCCAUUGAAAUUAUGAUAUUUGUAGAUAUGGGUUACCUGCGGAUUAUGCUAAUACUUCCAAGAAAGCAAAUCGGUAGUUUCCGGCUUUACGGGGAACGAAAUCAGUUGUCAUAAUUUUCUCUUUAAUAUGGACUCUCUCACAAAGCAUACCAGCAAAAACUCAAGUUUUCUCUGGUCAUGAAUAGCUGCACUACUUGUGUAUUUGCUUCGGAAGCUAGUUCUGGCAUAGUAACGUUAGGAGACUAACGUUAAACAAUGGUAUAUACAUAAUGCUUCGUAGAUUUUGGUCAGAGCCAAGCAUAGAAUGUAGAAGACUGUGAGAUGUAGACGGCUAUGGCUCAUCGACAAAGUGCUGAUACCAGUUUAAGAUGCAAGAAUCCAAAAUGCGAUUCUCACCUUGCUGCGAUAGACUUUCUUGUACUCGGCACCAUACCCCCCUCGCAGAUGCAUCUGGCGGUCAAACCUGGAUGCGAGAUACAUCUCGGCAAUGUGAGAAAGGUGCCAAAUCACGACACGGACGUCAAAAAAGUUGCCAGGAUGCCCUUCAAGAUUGUUUGCGCACGUUGUGACACCCCAAUUGGUUCUGUUACUAUCAUCGAAGGCCAGCAAGUAUGGUGCUUCAAGGUGGAGACGGUAUAUGUACUCGCCCGUGGCCAGCGGAUCGAGAACAAAAGGCUAAAGAACAUAAGCGAGAGACUUAAGGAGAUAGGAGUUACCGAGCUCAAGCUAACUCAAAGACGUCCUAUUCCCACCGAAUUGCUAUAUGCAGAUCAAUCUUCACAGGCAUUGAUUUACUGCGAUGCUUCUAGACUUACAGAAGAUCACAUUUUGCAUUUGGCCAAAGACACGCCCCGCGAUUAUCAGCGCGAACUAUUCAUAUCUGCCAUUCAAAGGAACUCGUUGGUCUAUUUGCCGACGGGUUCAGGCAAGACUUUGGUGGCUGCCAUGGUUAUAAGCUGCAUGCUGAAACUGAACCCGGAUAAGAUGGCUGUGUUUGUUGUUGAUAGAAUCAACCUAGCACAUCAACAAAGCGCCUACAUUCAAAAGCAGUGCCCGAAACUGAAUGUGAAGACCCUUGUGGCGGGCAAUGACCCCAAUCCUAAUCACGAAGCUGAGAUGAGCGCCGUAUUGGGAGCUCUGGCUCGAAAGCAGAUAGAUGUGCUGGUGUUGACGCAUCAGAUUCUACUUAACCACUUAGCAGAUGACGAGGGACUUAUUCGUAUGCCAAACAUAUGUGCCCUUGUGUUUGACGAAGCUCACCACUGUAUUGGAAACCAUCCGUACAACAAGAUAAUGAGCGACUUCUACGUCAAGACUGCCGACAAGUACAAGCCUUUGGUGCUCGGGCUAUCAGCUUCCCCUGCCGGUAGUACUGAUUUGGCUAAGACUAGACAUAACUUGCAGUGUUUGCUAGAAAAUCUGUGUGCAUCUCCUGUACUGCCAGUUAACUCGAGAGAUCUCGAGAUGUAUACAAACUUGCCUGAAAGCUUUUUUAGCGUGGUUCCUUUGACAAUGCAGCAGCAACGCUUGAACGACAGCUUGGAGGCAUUCCUGCAAAGCGCAAGUCGCAAGCUCGAGGACAUGGCUGAGGGAUGCUUUGGUGAGUUAAGAGACUUCCACCCUUCAAUGCCCAAUUUCAGAGGAGGUUUGAGAACCCUUAUCGGUAAAUGUCACUUAGCAAGAAACAUCAAAGGUCAUGCUCUUGGAGAGCUCAUGACACAUCUUCUUGCUGCUCUUGAAAUGAACAGUGUCUUAGGUUUGACCUACGCAGUUGAGUGCCUCAAGGAGUGUUUCCAGGUUAUGGAUAACGCCUCAACGCCCAUGGAAAUGGAGAAGAAAGCGCUGACUAGACACGAUCCCGACCUUAGCCGCGUAAGGGACGCAAUUCGAGAACUAGACCAAGGACGAUAUGAUUGCUUGGGAAUUAAACAGAAGGAUAAGUUUCAGUUCCUUCUGGAGGAACUCACGUCUUUUACUGAUAAGACCAAGCAGGAUGACAAUUCGAGAGGUAUCAUUUUUGUGAGGAUGCGUAGAACGGCAUAUAAGCUAUGCGAACGCCUGAAGGGUUAUGAUGUCAUCUCGGAAUACUUAAAUCCUACUGCCAUUGUUGGCCACGGCGGAGGCGAUGGAAUGUCGUGGUAUGGUGAGCAGGAGGUAAUUCUGAAGAGCUUUCGUACAGGUCGCAUCAAGCUCCUUAUCUCCACAAGUGUACUAGAAGAAGGUCUUGAUGUUCCGGUUUGUAACCUAGUUGUCCGGUUCGACAGUACCAUGAAUCUAAAGUCACUGGUUCAGAGCAGAGGAAGGGCCUCACGCCGAAGUGAUAGUCACUUUGUGGUGCUGUGCAGUAAUGGCAAAGAGAAGCAAGAGGUGGAUGAGUUAAAGCUAAAAGAAGCCAAUAUGAAAGAGAGUAUGAGGCUAUUUUACUCAACAUCCAAUAGGAGCUCCCAGGCCACGAGAUAUGCCUGUACUGUCGGGCUGCCAGGUGUCUCUGUCACGUGCGAAGACACCAAAAUGGAAUCUGAUGAGAUGCGUCGUGUUCCCAAGGUGUCUAAAGUUGGCGUAGUCGUGCACAACAUCCAAUCGCAGCAACAGAUAAAAGAUUUUUUCAAGGGUAGCUUUAGUGUUUCUUCUUGCGAGCAGAUAAAACACAAAAGGGAACUUUGGUCAAUGCUUGAAAGCACCGAAUCGGACCAGGGAUCGGACGGAGUGCAUUCGUUGCGAUUUAUUCUUUCUGAGACGGCAGAAAAGAAGGCACGAUCGGGCUGGAGCACUCUCUCUGAAUCUAUCAGAAACGCCUGGUGCUCAAGAAUGCGGGGCCACGAGCCCGACGCAUGGCUCGAGCUUGAGAUGAGAAAGGCAAGACCGAGUGAUCCUGUAGAACAAGUGGUCGCAGACUCCUUACAACUGGGCUUUUUUCGCCAGAGAAACGAAUUCUGCUCUCAAUGGCCAAACCAGCAAGACCUUGCUCCAAGUCACAUACGCCUCUUGUUCCAGCAUGACCUGAAGACACUGGCAAUCGUAUUCACGAUCGGAGAACUUCUUUAUGAGUUUGAGAUUCGCUACAGCGAACUAGAGAACUUUAUUGUGGUCAACGAUUCCCCACAGAAUAAUCCAGGGCGAAAUGUACAUGCUUUCCUAUCAAUAAAAAACCCUCCUCGAAUAUUUAAAUCACUAGAGGGAGAUCUGUGGUGUGAAGUUGGGAAUCAAGAAGAAGGCUAUAGCUCGGGAGAGGAAUCCACAGAUGAAGAAGAAGAUGAUGAUGAUAGCGAUGCCGACAUUGGCUUAGACGUUGGUAAUCUAGUCGAAGGAUCAGGAGAUGGUGAAGAGAUGUUGGAUGUAGAAGAGGAAGAGCCACAAGAGGAACGACAGGAAAGUCACGAGGACGAUGAUGAAUCAAAUCAACAGGAAGAGUACGAUCAGCAACAAUCGCUGCAGCAUCCAUUGCUGCUUGUUCUCGAUAAUAUUACUCAGUGGGAUAGAGUUUCUCGUGUGCCAGACGACAGGCAUGAUGCCAUUGGUAAAUGCAAUGUGUUGAAACUAAAGAUUUCAGGAUCAUGCGUUUAUAGCUGGGAGUCUGUGAGCGAAAGUUUGCGCCGCUGGGAUAAGCGUACAUACCAUGCGCGAGUCGACGAAGUACAAGGUUAUAUUCCUAUUCGUUUCAACGUUUCCCCAAGUCUAAGUGAUGAAGUCAAGUAUGCAGCCGCCUGUCUUGUAUCUACACAUCCAGUUCUCCCGGGUCGUGUAAGCGUGGACUUUUUCUCAGGUCUAAGAAACAAGCCGAACAAAACCGCGGUUGGGGCUCUGAAUGGUCUCACGAAGGUUUUAGACAGGAAUCUCUUUUGUCAACCAAAGGCUAUAUUGGAAGAUCUGCUUGCUAAGCCCUGGACCAGUGAGCUCCCGGCACCUGGUCAUUGCGCAUAUUUAAAGCGUCUCAUUCUCACCCCAACAAGGCUAAUAUUUCGCCCUCCGGAAAUCAUGCAAAAGAAUCGGGUCCUCCGAAACUACAACCCUGGCGACUUUUUGUGUGUCAACAUCCGAGAUGAAGACUUCUCUCGAGUCACUUCAACCAGUGCAAACCUGUCCCCGGUAUUGAAUCAUCUCAAAGAGGUUAUGGAUCAGGGAAUCAAUGUCUCUGGUACCAGAUACGAGUUUCUUGGCUGCUCCAAUAGUCAGCUUCGUAAUCACAGCUGCUGGUUCGUUAAAUCUGACUGCGACCCGAGCGCUAUUCGAAGGUGGAUGGGGGACUUUUCUAGUAUCAGGUGCGUGGGUACGUAUGUGUCGCGUAUGGGCCAAUGUUUUUCGACUUCCCUGGAUACUGUUGGAAUUACAGUGGAUGGGAUUGAAUGCUUGGAGAAGGAUGACAUUCAAACAGAAGAGAAGUCUUAUACGUUCACCGAUGGAAUCGGUGGCAUUUCAUCUCAGCUGGCGCGAAAGGUUACGAUCAAAAUUGGGAAAGAUUUCAUACCCUCUGCCUUCCAAAUUCGAUAUGCCGGAUGCAAAGGAGUGUUAGCCGUCGACAAAAGUCUCGGUGAGAAGCAGUUAUUCUGUCGUCCGAGCAUGCGCAAGUUCCAGUCCUCGCACCGUCGCCUAGAAGUGCUCCAGACGUCACGACCUCAAGCGGUUUAUCUAAACCAUCAGGUCAUAAUGCUGCUUUCAAACCUUGGUAUCUCGGAUGAUGUUUUCAUGUCUCUUCUCGAGAAAACACUAGACAACCUAGGAGGUACAUUGUUAGACGAGCGGCUAGCCAUGAGACAGCUGAGCUCUGCAGUAAAAAGAGGUAUAUCCUACCGUGAUCUGUUUGAUGCCGGAGUCCAUCUGACUGUGGAGCCGUUCUUUCGAUCCCUGAAUGCUGCUGUAUACCGAGAUCGCCUAAUGCAGCUACUAAUGAAGGCACGAAUGCAGCUGCCCCUUGAAUCCGCACGACUGAUGAUGGGCGUGGUCGACGAGACAGGGGUGUUGGAGUACGGCCAGGUUUUCGUGCAGUAUUCUGCUGCAUCUAAUGACCCCAGAAGCGACAAGGAGUUUGAGCUGAGUGACAAGCGAGUUCUUAAAGGCCCUGUGGUGGUCACAAGAAACCCUUGCUUACAUCCGGGAGAUGUUCGACGGCUUGUUGCCAUAGAUACGCCUAAGCUCAGACAUCUUGUUGACUGUGUCGUAUUUCCCAAAACCGGUCAAAGACCACACCCAAGCGAGAUGGCUGGUGGGGACCUCGAUGGAGAUCUGUACUUCGUGUGCUGGUACAAGCCUCUGAUCCCAUCCCAAGAGAUAUCUCUCUACGAUCCAAUGGACUACAAGGCUCCGCCAAAGCGCGAGGACCGAACAGAGAUCACUUCAGCAGACAUGACACAAUACAUAGUGGACUAUAUUCGCAUGGACAUCCUUGGUGUUAUCGACAACUCGCAUAAGGCCCUGGCAGACAAGCUCAAGAAAGGAGUACAAUCCGAAGAAUGUCUUUUCCUUGCUGAAGCUCAUUCAUACGCCGUUGAUGCACCUAAGACGGGUCAAUGGCCAGACUUGAAUGGUUUAAAGCUUCCUAAAAGUUACCCUGACUUUAUGAUGAAAACCGACAAACCAACGUAUCGCUCCAAGAAGCUCCUUGGGAAGCUCUAUCGCUCCUGUCGUUCAUUCAAGAAAUUGGCCGAAGAUAGCGCCCCUAAAGAAAUCACCAAACCCUGUCUGGACCCGAAUCUGCUGGUAGCAGGUUAUAGGAGGUUUCUUGACGAAGCGAAAAAUGUAUACCAAGAAUACUGUCUCAGACUUGACCACAUCAUGGGUAUUUAUGGUAUAAAUACCGAGGCGGAGCUAUUUUCAGGUUGCUUUAGAUUGCUUUACCAAAGGCUAAGCCGCGAACGCACAGAAGUGGCAGAAGUGGUAAGUGGACUACUUCAGGAUCUCCGGAAGUUGUUCAGGGGAAGGUUUUUUGAAGAGUUUGGUCUUGAUGGUACCUGCCUUAUGAAGCAGCACGACGAAAGAGUUCUCCAGAAAGCAUCUGCCUGGUACUAUGUGUCUUACGCAGCAGAGGAAACAACACAUCAACAACGCUUCCUAAGUCUUCCUUGGCUUGUGGAUGAAAUCAUGGCUCUGAUCAGAAUCCGUUCACGAAGUCAUACGUUCCUACCAGACUUCAUCAGGAACACAAAUGCUCCGCCUGAAAAUCACGCUGUUAGUCCAAGGGAGGCUGAACUCAGCGACUCUCUCUUUGAACUUGUAAAGAAGGACAAGGAGAUGUUGCUGAUGGAGUACAAGAAGAGGUGCAGCAGCCUUACGCAGAUCCAAAUGUCAUUGCGAAGGGCUGGCAGAUUCCACCUCGCUCUAUUUGGUUCCUCGGCGACAUUCUUGCUUCGCGAAGACUCGGACGUGGACGUUGUUGUCUUGACCAGCGAGUGCCUAAACACUGGAAUGAUCCAGCAGAAAGUGAGCAGGAAAGACCAACUUCGACUCCUUAGGUAUCUUCAGCCUUACCUGAAGAACCUUUUUAAGAGAAUCCGCCUUGUGGAUAGAGCGACGGUACCGGUCGUCUUAUGUCAGAAAUUUAAACCGGUCAUACCGGCUCCAGAUGCUUUUAAAGCUCCUUUUGACUUUAGCGCAUCACGGGAAGGCCUCCUGAAAGCUGCUCUUCUGACGUCAUACAUCAAGUCAUUCCCAGGCCUCUUGCCUAUUCUUCGUUUUCUUUUGAUCUGGGGACACCGCAGCGGGCUGACGGGGCAUCGUGGUCACGUGGGCAUUAACACAAACGCCCUCGUCUUUAUCACGCUUGCAUUUUGUGUUUCAAAAGGAUUCAUCCAAGAACUGAAGAAAGAAACUAUCGACGCAGCCAUGAAAAAGAUGGUGAAUCCGGGUCAAGAAUUGACAGAAUGGGAAAAUGUUCUUGGAAAUCUAACUGGUGUUCAUGGACGUCGGAAAUACAUGCAGGUCACAUUGAACGGACAUACUCUUGGGGGUGUACUCAUGUCAUUUCUGGCAGAGCACUCUAGGAUUAACAUCCUCGCCUUCACCCCGUCCAUAGCGGCUGUAGCGGGAAAGACACAUGUCCGAUAUCUGGUCAGCAAACAGCAAUUGGACCGCCUGUCAGAGCAUAUGCAAAGAGCACAGAUGUCUCUAGCUUUAAAAAGUGACCUUGCCGACUUCCUGUGCCAAAGCGCAACUGAGAUGCGACGUGCUCUCCCUCUGUCAAAUGGUGUUUCUUGCCUGAUCCGUGGAGCGGAGCGCAAGACGGCUAAGAUGCUGCAGCAGAAGACUGGGGCCAAGAUCACAAUUCGCCCAAAGGUCCGCUGCUCUACCUUUUGUCUGAUUGUGGAGGCCCGCGGGACAGAAUUUGAGGUAGAUGGUGUAGAGCAACUGCUACAGGAGAUCACAAGCUCGUCCAGCGCGAACAAAGCCGCCAUCAUGUCUGUCUGCUUCGUCAAAGGAUCCAGUCAAAUGCUCUUUGAAGGCUCUUGUAGCAAAGCAGACCCAGUAAAAGUAGAACCCUACUCAUCCCACCACCACCCGCAGCAUGACGGUGCCCGCCUCUUUGUUCCCUUACUUGCAACUCCACCCGCCUUUUACAUGGACGCGUCUCAAAGCUACGCAUACAAGUGCUACAGAGAGAAGUUUAUCACUCAGUUUCAUCUGGCGGACCGAGACUUUGAUGCUUCUGUGCAUGGAACCAUGGAGUUUGUGGUGCACUUUGGAAGAAUAUACAUCUUCCGGGUUCCCAAAUCCUUUAUUGAAGACGCGGAGUCGGUUACCAUUCAAAUGUUGCAAGCGAACCUCCAGAAAGGCUACUCCAAGGGUCUUGCAACAGAAAAGCAGCGGGAUGUCGGAAAAAGCAGAGGUACUUCAGGUGUGCGUCUCGUUCCACACGUUGAAUCGAAUCGUGAACGCAAGCGGAAAAAGCCAAUAAGGAAACCCGAAGAAGACAAGAAGGUGAAAAAACUCUCUGAAAAACCGACAAAAAGUUCGUUUUUCACUCAGGUGACCCCUGGAGCCGAUGUUAGGAAGUUUUUGCUCUCUAAGGGAUUCGCGGUCUACGGCAGCUGUGAAGAGUUCGAAGUCAACAUGAACUCACAUAGGCAGGACAUCAACGUCACGUUUGAUGAGACGUUCCAGUUCAAAGAGCUCUGCUUUCCACAUCUUCGCUGGUGCCUGUCGGACGUCAAGCGAAGAUGGAAGCCUUCAUCAUCAGUAAACUUAGAUGGCAUUGAAAGUGACAUCAGAUUCAUGUUGCGAUCCCGGCGUGCCUUGCCAGAAAGUGACAUCCGGGACACCGAGUAUGAAACGUUCAUGAGUGCCCUGGAACCGAGGGACGGUGUCGAACUACAAGCAGCAACGAAAUUUAACAUCAUGUCGGAGGUCUGGGCGGAUGUGAAUAUGGUGCGUCACAAGAAGACAUCGUGUUUCAAACCAACGCCCCGGUCUUCCCGCUCACUGACGCGCUUACAGAUAAACCUGUGUGACGUCACUGAGCACUCUCGACCCAUUCCUACCGCCGUCUCGUGCUUCCGUAAGAACUUCACUCGGCAAGAAGUUUCGAUCCAUGCUGCCUUACCAUCACGAUGGACAGACAAAGAAGAACUGGACGAAUUCCUUCUCGACGUGUGGAAAUUCUCGUUUGAGCUGUCUUCGUUUCUUUCCGAUAAGAUCGAAUACCAUUGACAGAUCGAACAGAGACAAAAUAGCAUCCGGUAAACUCAUCGGGCAGCAUUUCAUAGACGUCUACCAACCACCAUUCGGGGAUAAAGCACUUUUGAAGGCCAAAGCACAGAUGAAUGUGGCCGUGCACAGUAAAGUGAGCUAGUGUACAGUCUGCCACAGCAGUUAUUUCUUAUAUAUCGUAUCACUAUCAUUUGUUCUUAUUCCAGGGGCGGAUACAAGGGGUGGAUUGGGUGGAUAUCCACCCCCCUUUUCGAGUAAAAAAAAUGAAAAUCACUUUGUUUGAUGGACGGGAGGUACUUUUCACGUGCCUUCACCUGCUUGACUUUGCUGACGCGACAAAUGCAAUUCAGCAUGAAGUGUUAGAUCCACGUGACCUACCAUGUGAAGAACCACUGGAUCUGUUAUGAGCCCGCUAACCGGCCAUUAUCCCCCCCCCCCAUUUGAAAUUCUAGAUCCGCCCCUAAUUAUAUUAUAAUAUGAACAUAUAAAUAUCAUUUUAUAUUUGUUAUUUCUAACUAUUACUAUCGCUAUUACUCUCUUAGUUUUAACGGGCAUUUCAAUCAAAGUUGUCUCAGAAAUAACGUUUUUAAGUAAUCACAAGUUUUUCCAAAUUGCCCAGUCAAUUUAGAGCAUUUAGAAAUAAAUAUAUAACAUUGUA